UUUUGGUAGAUACACUAAGAAUGAGUUCGCUGCGAGCUUCCUCCUCCAACCUUGUGUGGGUGGCCGCUUUGGUCGUGUCACUCAUGGCCUUGUGUGAGGCGCAGCUCUCGCCUAACUACUACGACAAGACCUGCCCACAGGUGCUGCCAACCGUCAAGAAAGCCACCGGUACGGCGAUCGCUCGAGAGCAUCGCAUGGCCGCGUCCCUCCUCCGCCUCCAUUUCCAUGACUGCUUUGUUCAGGGUUGUGACGCGUCCAUCUUGCUGAACGAUGCGGCGGGCAUCGUGAGCGAGAAGAACGCACGUCAAAACUUCAGAUCUGCGAGAGGAUACGAAGUGAUCGACGGCAUAAAGUCGGCCGUGGAGAAGGUGUGUCCGGGCGUCGUGUCUUGUGCUGAUAUCCUUGCCAUCGUUGCACGAGACUCCUCCGUAUACGUGGGUGGGCCUUCAUGGAAGGUGAAGCUCGGAAGAAGAGACUCCACCACCGCCGACAAAGAUCUGGCAGAGCAAAACCUGCCAUUAGCCUUCGACGACCUCGACACGCUCACCUCCGUGUUCGCGCGGCAAGGACUCAGCCUCAAAGACAUGGUCGUCCUCUCAGGAUCGCACACCAUCGGGCUGGCUCAGUGCGCCACCUUCCGGGGGAGGAUAUACAACGAGACGAACAUCGACGCGGGAUUCGCCAGGACGCGGCAGCGCCGGUGCCCUCCGACCGCCGGCACCGGUGACACCAACCUGGCCCCGCUUGACCUGGUCACCCCCGGCUCCUUCGACAACAACUACUACAAGAACCUGCUGAGUAAGAAGGGCCUGCUGCACUCGGACCAGCUCCUCUUCAACGGCGGGUCGACCGACGCCACGGUGGUGGCGUACAGCAAGGACCAGGCGGCUUUCUUCGCCGACUUCGCGGCUGCCAUGGUGAAGAUGGGCGACAUCAGCCCCCUCACUGGCUCCGCCGGGGAGGUCAGGAAGGUCUGCAGCGUGGUGAACUAAGCGCUGUUAUCCUCUCUCUCUCUCACUCUGUGUGUGUGUGUGUGUACGUCAGAUGCGUCCAAAUGGGAUGGACUGUGUCUUAUACGUUGUCGGUGUUUGGAUUGCCUCGCUAUCGACGUUUCGGUCGAUGCAAUGCAAAUGGUUUCUUCGCGAAGCCCAUAUGUUUGCUAUCAAUAAUGAAGUCCACGUUGAUCUAAAGAACACAUAAUCUAUUGAUUGUAUUGUAUUCGAUUAACUAAUCUAUUUUAUUCAACACGUAGUCAAAUUGCUCACA